AUGCCUCCCGGGAGUGGUGGUUUCCAAUCCUCUUCCGGCCGCCUGCGCGGACAGCCCAUCGGGCGGCGAGAGAGCCAGCGAGAGGAGUCCUCCCCGCGGGUGCAGAGCGCCGCGCAUGCGCAGGAGGGGGAUAACCAUGUGGGCUUCCGCGGCCGGGCGGUGAGAUGCGGAGGGCGGCGGGGCGAACCGAUGCUGAAGCUGCAAGGGACGCUGCUGUGGGGCCCAGGGAGCCUCUCUGUGGGGGUGAGAUGUUACUCCUCAGCCAGGGUGAAAGAAGAAACCAGGAAACUAUGGUUACAUGAACAGGUGGAACUGUUGGAGGUGUUGGAAGCUAGGGUGAAGCAACUGCGGGCUGAUAACGAAUCGGAGGUACUAAAGCCCAAGAUGCAAAUAUCUCAGAUCACAAAAUUCAAGUACUUUCCGCACCCCAAUACACAGAAAACAGCUGCACCCCAAACACAGAAAACAGCUGCACCCCAAACAGCUCAGGGCAAGCGAGUCCCAAAAGAUAAAGCAGUGCGUAUCGUCAAGCCGAAUUUUUGGAAGAUCAAGCUGAAGAUGGAAAAAUAUGUGACUAACAUGGCACUUUUGAAAACGAAGACCAAUGCCUUGGAAUCCAUCCUCCGUUCUAAUCAAACUCUGGAGGGAAAAAACUCCCCACAGUUCCUGGCGUCAGUCUGGAAAUCAGUAGCACACGGCUCCGAGGGAACCCAAAAGUCGAGCAGCAACAUCAGUCCAGCUAGGAGGCUGGCCUGGGAAAAAAUCCAGUCUCCUGUUUCUUCUCCCACCAAGGCCUCCAAGGAGCCUGUGCUGAAGCUUAAUGAAACGUUGCUGCAAGAGAUGGGAGUCUACCAGGAUGAAAUUCAGAUGAGCAUUUUAGCCUACAUUGACACUUGCCUCUUCCUCACCCAGAAGAAGAGAGCCCUGCAGUGUUUGUUGUACUUCCACAACUCCUUGCCGCUGAAGAAAUGGUUGAAUGCUCAGAUGUUCAGUCUUCUCAUGUGUCACUAUUCCAAGCAGGCUGGGCUGAAGCAAAUUGGCUGGCUGUUUUCCAUGCUGGAGGAAAACAAACUCAAGCCGAAUCAGGACUGUUAUAUGGCUGUGCUGAGCUGCAUGGGUCGGUUGAACUCCGAGUCCCAUAUCAUUUCGAGAUGUAUCGAGCAGCUGCAACAUGAUGGAUUCUCCCUGGAAGACUUCUUCCGAGACUCCACAUACGAAGACAGUGAAGUGACGAUGGCCUUGAGAGCCAUCCAGAAGGUCAAGCCAGACUUCAAGCCACAUUUCUUUUCCCCUGAAACCUGUGCAGUGCCGCUGCUGGAAGAAUUCUAUAAGAAGGAGAAGCCCGUUUCUUACGCCAAGCUCAAUUUCACGGUGCAAGAUCUGCAGCAGCGGUUCCGGAAACAAUACAGCUUGGAGAAUUCUGACAGGGUCACAAUCGAGUCGGUGGAAGCCGCUAAACCUAUCACAGCUACUGCUAUCAAAGCG